AUGAGGUCUGUUCUUUACGAAAUAGCUCCUGGCGGCGAUAUUGAAAUAAUUCUGAAAGAGCCGGAUACUCGUGAAAUUGAUCCAAAGAUUGGCUCUUACAGGCCAUGUCCAAUCCUAGAGAGUGAUAGCUCUGAGAGUGAAGACGAAGAGGAUGGCAAUGGCUUUUUCGACGACUUCACCUCAAUGAUGGACGACCUCAACAUGCAGUUCUAUGACUCUUCAAACCCUUCAAGCUCUGAUAAAAAAGAUGUCGAGAUCAGAAUGCGUGUCUCGUCAAGCCAUCUCGCUCUCGCCUCUCCAUUCUUCAAGCGUGAGAUAGAGACCUUCCAGGAGGAGAAUUCUUCUGCGGUGCCUAAUCUAGUUCUUGAUGGCCUGGACGCAAAGGCUUUGGCCAUUGCUCUUAAUGUCAUCCACGGCCGUCAGCGUCAAGUACCCCGGAAAGUUGAUCUGCCCUUCUUGACUACUGUUGCCUCCUUCGCCGAGGCCUUCGGUUGUGUUGAAGCGCUUCAGUUCACUGCUGAAGUAUGGCAUGCUGCGUUAUAUGACAAAGAACCUUUGAACAAGUAUUGCCUUAUGUGGCUGUACAGCUCUUGGGUCUUUUCUUGGAGCGAGUCGUUUUCUGAGAUGUUACGAGUGGUUAGCAUGCAAUAUGAAGGCCCGGAGCAUUUCCAACUCAAUAACCUUCCUCUGAAAGAUAUCCUUAAAAAAGUCGACCGCAUGAGGAUAGCACUGAUCAAGAAACUGAUAUCCGACCUGGAUGAUCUCAAGGAAGAACUUUCUCGUGAGGAUGGAUGCCCAGACGGAGAGUCAGAGGAGUGUACGGCGUUGGCACUUGGGUGCUUGAUGCGAGGAAUGCGCAGUAUGGCAGUCAUGCGACCACCGGUCACUGCCCCUUACCAUGGGUAUAGCCUCAGUCGUAUGCUCAAGGUGAUUGUAGGUUUCCCUCAGCUAUCGGCAUCUUAUCACGAAACGUCACCAGACUUUUGGGAGACUUGUACGGUUCUUUCUAGAAUGAAGCCGGUUAUGCGAAGAGCAACGACGAACAUGAACAAUCUGAGUCUGAGCCACUUUCGGUCAUAA